AUGCUGAUUCAACGGCUUUCAUUGGCUCUCAAAUAUCAAAUGGAUCAUUCUUUAACUGAAAGAGCAGAUACAUGUCCAGUAUGUGCGGAAGAUUCAGUGACAUUGCAUCAAUGUUGUCCAAACAAGAAAGAUAGUUUGUGUGAGCCGUGCUGGUCGAAAAUAAUCUCCGGAGAAAUAGAAAGAGGACGUAUAGGCUCGUUAUUUCUUGGAGAAUUAUUGUGCAAUUUUUGUAAUAAACCAAUUGAACGUAAUCGUCUACCGAAAGAUCUUCAAAGUCGACUUAAUAAUAUUCUUCUAACCAUUCCACGAACAAAAACACCGAAAUCAAUUGAAGACUUCAAUUAUUCGUACAAAGACUCCAAUCAUUUAACCCAUAGUUUAACUAAUGAGAAAUUUGUCUUCCUCUCCCAACGUCAUUACAAUGCCUUGGGUGCUUGUAUAGAUGUUUACAUACAAUCAGUAAUGAAAAGUGAUCAAUGGAAUUACAAAGAAAUUUGGUUGCCAGAAAAGAGCGAAAAUGUAGACGAUCAUCAUGAUCAAGUCAACAUAUUUACUUCAAAUGAUUUUGAAACAAAUGAAAACGGCUGUCUGAUUUUACUUCAAGGUUCUGGUGUUGUACGUCUAGGUCAAUGGGCACGCUCAUGUUGUAUCAAUGAAUCACUUGAUAUCGGAAGCAUGUUUCCAUACAUGAAGAAAGCCAAGGAACAUGGUUUAUCUGUGAUCAUUCUCAAUCCAAAUCAAACAAGCUAUGUUGAAAAGCAAAUAUGUGAUAAUGGAACUACAACGCUUUCAGAUAGAAAAACAAAUUCCACUGAACAACAGUCAUCUGCUACAAACAGACAAGCAGAUGACAAGAAGACAACGGACUCUGAUAACGACUUGAUUUCUUAUUAUUUAUCUCCCGAUCCACUUCCUUAUCCAAUAACAAAAAAGAUUCCAAAUUUAUCAACAAACCGUGAACAUGUUCUUCAUGUAUAUGAUAAUGUCAUUUCCAAAUGUCCGGCGAAGAAAUUCUAUAUUGUUGCACAUUCAGCUGGCGGUGAUGGUCUAAUGUUUUUACUGCGUAAACGUCAAAAUACUAUUUUAAAAAAGACGUGGAAAGUUGCAUUUACUGACUCAGUUCAUUCUGUUUUGCCAUUGGAAUCGAAUGAAAUCAAAAAUUUCCUCAAAUUACAUGCUAUUCACUUUGUUGCCAGUGAUCAACCAAUGGGAGAAGAGCUGGAUUCAGUCUACGAUUUUUCACAUGGAUCAGCUUGUCAAGAAGUAUCCGCUGGACAUCCUAAGCACGAAUACACAUCUGGAUACUGUGUCGAGGGAGUUUUUAACUUUUUUUUCCCAUCUGAUCAUAAUAUUGAUAGAACAGCUUUUUAA